CGUUUUAUUUUUAUUUCUUUGGUCGACUGCUCAAAGUUAGGGUUUUUAUUUUUAUUUUUAUUUGUCCCCCGACCCAAUUUUUUUAAAAUCUCCCGUAAACCAGAAGAUAAAAAAUGCUGGCCUUACCAAUUUUGAAAAGCGUAGUAGUGCGCAUGCUCUCAUUGCAUUUGAAAAUUGCGCAGUUUAUGAAUAAAAAAGAUACAGAACCAAAAGUAGAGUUGUUUUGUGUUCUAUUGUUAGAGGAGAUGGCUGAUUCAGAAUCAAAGAUACCAUUUACUGAAGCAGGGGAUUGUUUAGAUGAAGUUGAAUUUGUGUUUGAUGACGGACAAAAGUUGUAUGUUUCACAGAACUUUCUUUAUUACGUGUCGCCGGUGUUUAAAGCAAUGUUCGAGCAUGACUUUAAAGAGAAGGAGACUCGGAAUGUUAAUCUGAAAGAAAAGGUCUAUUGGGAUUUUCUCGAAUUUUUACUCUGCCUGCAUCCGGACGUACAGAAACUUGUAGACAGUACAAAUGUCUUAUCAGUUGUUUAUAUAGCUGAAGAAUACCAGGCUAAACUGAUAAUAAGAAAAUGUAAGGACUUCAUGUCGGAAUGGCUUCAGUCUGAAUUAGAAUCUGCAAGGACAACUUCUUCGGAUUUAGAGAAACUUGGACGAGUUAGGACCUGCCUCCGUAUCCUCUCUACAGCAGAAACCCUUCAGUACAAUGCAAUCGUAGAAGAAGCAUGUAAAGUUAUUGGAAAUAUUGGACAUGCUAUUAUUAUCGGCACUUUAUCAGAAAGUAAGGAAUAUGAAAGAAAACAGUCUCAAAAGGGUAAUAUAUAUGAAGAGCCUUCAAACGAAGAUCCCCUGGCAGAAGAGCCUUCAAACGAAGAUCCCCUGGCAGAAGAGCAUUCAAACGAAGAUCCCCUAGCAGACUGCAAAACACUUUUUGACAAACUCCCUGAACAGCUGAAAUACAAAUUGAUGGUAGCAAGACAGGAGUUGUGUGAUAGUAUAGAAAUGCACAGAAUGAAAUUUUCCAGAAAAGGACAUAGACUUAUUUAAGAACAUGUAUUUAUUUCAAGACAGUUCUAUAUGUAAUAGCUGAAGUAUAUGAAUCAUUAAUUGUUUAACAUAUAUACCACAAAUACG